GCGCGCUGCGAGGCUCGGCCGGCGAGGACCGAGUCUCCGGGCGGGACCGGAUCAGGUAUUAUCUGGGGUCCCCUGGCCGCUGCCUCUGCUAUGCAGUUUACCCGUCUUGGAGCUGUGAAGACGCCUUCGCGGUGCUGCGUCGGAAGGAAGGCCGGUCACCCGAUCCCUGCAGGGAGCCGCCCAGAGCCGCGGCCUGGUUUCUGUGUAACGGGGCGAACUCGAGGUGUUUAUGUUUUGCGGUGAUGAUAUCGGAAACAUGUGAAGUUCAUUAAGCGACUUCAGUCCUUUGCGACGCGGCCCAACCCUCUGUCUCAGUUUAAAAUGGUGAAUUACUCCUAUGAUGAAGAUCUUGAGGAACUCUGUCCCGUUUGUGGAGAUAAAGUGUCUGGGUACCAUUAUGGGCUCCUCACCUGUGAAAGCUGCAAGGGCUUUUUUAAGCGAACAGUCCAAAACAAUAAAAGGUACACGUGUAUAGAAAACCAGAACUGCCAAAUUGACAAGACACAGAGAAAGCGCUGUCCUUACUGUCGAUUUCAAAAAUGUCUAAGUGUUGGAAUGAAGCUAGAAGCGGUGAGGGCGGACCGAAUGCGUGGAGGAAGGAAUAAGUUCGGGCCCAUGUACAAGAGGGACAGGGCCCUGAAGCAGCAGAAGAAAGCCCUCAUCCGAGCCAAUGGACUUAAGCUAGAGGCCAUGCCUCAGGUGAUCCAGGCCAUGCCCUCCGAGCUGAGCAUCUCCUCCGCAAUUCAGAACAUCCAUUCUGUCUCCAAAGGCCUACCUCUGCACCAUGCUGCCUUGCCUCCUACAGACUACGACCGGAGUCCCUUCGUGACAUCCCCCAUCAGCAUGACGAUGCCACCUCCUGGCAGCCUGCAAGGCUACCAGACCUACAGCCACUUUCCCAGCCGGGCCAUCAAGUCUGAGUACCCAGACCCCUACACCAGCUCCCCGGAGCCCAUCUUGGGCUACCCCUACAUGGACAGUUACCAGAGCAGCUCCCCUGCCAGCGUGCCUCACCUGAUCCUGGAACUGCUCAAGUGUGAGCCCGACGAGCCCCAGGUCCAGGCCAGGAUCAUGGCCUAUUUGCAGCAGGAGCAGGCAAACCGCAGCAAACACGAGAGGCUCAGCACGUUCGGGGUCAUGUGCAAGAUGGCGGACCAGACCCUCUUCUCCAUCGUGGAGUGGGCGCGGAGUAGCGUCUUCUUCAGGGAGCUCAAGGUUGAUGACCAAAUGAAGCUGCUUCAGAACUGCUGGAGUGAGCUCCUAAUUCUCGACCACAUUUACCGACAGGUGGUUCACGGAAAGGAAGGGUCCAUCUUUCUGGUUACUGGGCAACAGGUGGACUAUGCCAUCGUAGCCUCACAAGCGGGGGCCACACUCAACAACCUCAUGAGUCACGCACAGGAGUUGGUGGCGAAGCUUCGUUCUCUGCAGUUUGACCAGCGAGAGUUCGUGUGUCUGAAAUUCCUGGUGCUGUUUAGUUUAGAUGUCAAAAACCUGGAGAACUUCCAGCUGGUCGAAGGUGUCCAGGAGCAAGUCAACGCUGCCCUGCUGGACUAUACGAUGUGCAACUACCCACAGCAAACAGAGAAAUUCGGGCAGCUGCUACUCCGACUACCUGAGAUCCGGGCCAUCAGCAUGCAGGCCGAGGAGUACCUCUACUACAAGCACCUGAACGGGGACGUGCCCUACAACAACCUGCUGAUUGAGAUGUUGCACGCAAAACGAGCGUAGUUACAGCCCCGAGGCGUGCGGCUUCCAAAACGCAAAGAGAUCGGUGGAGGAAAAGAAGAACAGGAAGAAAGGG